AUGUCAGAAUUAGAACAGGUUACUGUUCAAACUCCUUCUGGGGAAACAACCCAAAUGAACUUUAUCAAAUCAGAUGUUGUUGGUCAUGGGUCCUUUGGUGUUGUCUACAAAAUACAACUUCAACCUACAAACCAAAUUGCUGCCAUCAAAAGGGUUCUUCAAGAUCGUAGAUUCAAAAAUAGAGAAUUGAGUAUAAUGAAGAAGUUGCAACAUCGAAACGUCAUCCAAUUGUUUUAUUAUUUCUUGUCCACCUCUCAUAAAGAUGAUGUCUAUUUGCUGUUGAUUUUAGAAUUUAUGCCGGAAACAUUAUACAAGACUGGUCAGUUCUACACUUCAAAAAGAUUAGCCAUGCCUCCAUUGGAGGUUAAAUUGUUCACUUAUCAAAUGUUUAGAAGUUUAGCUUAUAUUCAUUCCAUGGGUAUUUGUCAUAGAGAUAUCAAACCCCAAAAUUUAUUGGUGAAUCCUGCUACUGGUGAAUUAAAAUUGGCAGAUUUUGGAUCUGCUAAAAUCUUGGUACCAACAGAACCAAAUGUUUCUUAUAUUUGUUCCAGAUACUAUAGAGCUCCAGAAUUGAUCUUUGGUGCCACCAAUUAUACAACCAAGAUUGAUGUUUGGAGUGCUGGUUGUGUGGUUGCGGAAAUGAUCUUGGGACAACCAUUAUUCCCUGGUGAAUCUGGUAUUGAUCAAUUGGUGGAGAUUAUUAAAAUCUUGGGUACUCCAAGUAGAGAACAAAUUGAGCAUAUGAAUCCAAACUAUAUGGAACAUAAAUUUCCUUCAAUCAAACCAAUAAAUUUAUCCAAGAUCUUUAAAAAAGCAUCCUCUGAAACCAUUGAAUUUUUGGCCAAGAUAUUGGUUUAUUCUCCAAUAAAUAGAAUAUCGGCUGUUGAAGCUUUGGUUGAUCACUAUUUUGAUGAAUUGAGGAUGCAAGAAACUAAAUUACCAAAUUAUAGAAAAAUAUUCCUGCAACAAUUCCACCAUAGUAAUAACAAUUCCACCACAUCCAACUUUAACAAUGCUGCUAGUUACCAAUUAUACAAUUCUCAACCAGAUUCAAGAGAUUUGCCAGAAUUGUUUGAUUUUGAUGAUCGUGAAUUAUCCAUAUCGCCAAACUUGAAUGGUUCACUUGUACCCCAGUGGGCUAUGAGCCAUUUAAGAUUACAACACCAACGCAUAAAUAAUUUAAAUGAAUUUGUACCAAUGACACAUGAAGAGAUGAAAGUUAAGCUUGAUUAA